AUGACUCGCUCUAAUUCCCGAUGGUGGCACGCCUCCGACGACGCCGAUCUUGCCUAUGGAUUCGAUUCUGACGAUUUGAAUACUAGAUUCGCCGGGCCCUCCCAUUCUGCUCGCCCAACACUCACUCGUGAAGAGCUUGAUCGGUUAGACACACGAGCGCAAGGAGAAGAUCCAACCAAGAGCGGAUUAAUCGAGAAUAUGUCAUCUUGGCUACACCGGCAGGCCGGGUCGCAAACGUCCCAACUUGCGACAACGGCGGUUCUGUCCGGUGCGGCUGUUGCCAGUGCGAUUCUUGGAUACCAGGCCUACCGGCGAAAGGAGGCGGUACACGACCUGAAGGCUUCUAUCCCAGGGCUGGACGAAGAAAAUCCUGCGAGCAAGGUCGGUUCUUUCAAGUAUGGGUCUGCGCAGCACUCGUUUCUGGGUGUUGCUUGUUUGGGCCGCCCGGCAUAUUGGGCAGCGCCCGACCUUACUAUCCCAUUGAGCAAGGAGGAUGAGCGCGGUGCUGCACUUGCUCGUCGCGCGCAGCAGGGUGAUUACGAUGACGAUCUGAUCCUGGAGCAGCUCGCACGAAACCGUGUCUUCCUCAAGGAUGAGGGUCUCGCCAAGCUUCGAGGGUCUUACAUUGUGGUCGUGGGCUGUGGUGGUGUCGGAUCUCACGCUGCGGCGUCCUUGGCUCGUUCCGGAGUCUCCAAGAUUCGACUGAUCGAUUUUGAUCAGGUCACGCUUUCUUCACUGAAUCGCCACGCCUUGGCCACUCUCGCCGACGUGGGCACGCCCAAGGUUCACUGCAUCCGGAGGCGACUGGAGCAGAUUGCGCCGUGGGUCAUGUUUGACUGUCGCAAUGAACUUUUCGGCAAGGAUGCUGCCGAGGACCUUCUUGGGUCCUGGACGUUAACCCAUGAGGGAGAAGGCCGUCGCCCAGACUACGUGCUGGAUUGUAUUGACAACAUCACAUCCAAGGUGGAAUUGCUGCAUUAUUGUCACAAGAAUGGAUUGCCGGUGAUUUCAUCCAUGGGUGCGGGAUGCAAGUCAGACCCGACUCGCGUAGUGGUGGGCGAUAUUUCGACGAGUACGGACGACCCGCUUUGCCGCAGUACGCGGCGCCGGCUGAAGAUGCUGGGAGUCAACACAGGUAUUCCCACCGUCUUCUCCACCGAACGAACCGCUCCCGGCAAGGCGAGUCUUCUCCCACUUCCGGAGGAUGAAUUCUCCAAGGGUAAGGUGGGCGAGCUGAGUGUUUUGCCCGACUUCCGAGUCCGCAUCCUCCCCGUUCUGGGCACGAUGCCUGCAGUCUUUGGCUACACGCUGGCCAAUCACGUCAUCUGUAGCGUGUCUGGAUAUCCGCUCGAUUACAACACCGCUGGCAAGGGCCGUGAGAAGAUGUAUGAUUCGAUCUUGGCCUCACUGUCAAGCUUCUUGGAGAAGCAGGUCCGUCAGGUCGGGGGGCAAGAUCCCGUCGGUCUUCGCCUGCCUAUCGGCAAGGACGAUGUUCAAUAUCUUGUCGAAGAGGUGUUCCGCGGCAAGAGUGUUGUAACUGGUCUCUCCAAUCGCCUUGUUCUCAUUCCUUGGACGGUCCCCGCGCAAGGCUUCCAGAUGGAUCUCACCUGGGAGAAGGACGGGCAGAAGCUUUUCAGGCUCGAUGCGGCGGAUUUGGUCUGCAUGACCAAGGAUGAGGCAACUCGUCAUGAGCGUGAGGUUCUCCGGGGUGGGAAGAGAGCUGAGGAGCUGUAUGACGAGGUGGUCUUGAACCGGGUAACCUUGAGGCGGAAGGAAGUCGAGGAGUGGAAGACGCAGAAUGAGGAAUAUUUCCAAGUGCAGUAG